AUGCGCGGCCUCCUCGUCAACCUCGCGCUUCUCUUCGCGGCGCUUCUCGUCGCGACGUCCCCCGCGGUCGCCGCGGACCCCGCGAGCGGCGCGCGCGUCGACGCGAGCAACUUCGACGCGAUCGUCGCCGCCUCCGACGCCGCGUUCGUCGUGAAGGUUCACUCCCCGAGAUGCGGCACCUGCCAGGAGAUGCGACCGACGUGGGACGCGCUCGUCGCCGCGCGCUCGAACGACGUCAAGUUCGCGACCGUGGACAUCGACGACGAUCGCGGGAUGAAGCUCGCGGUGGAGCUCGGGGUGUUAGACGACGGCGUUCCCGCGGUCUGGGGGUUCGAUCGCGCGGCGGAGGGAGAACGAUCGACGCCGAGGAAACUAUGGUCUGGGUACGACGCGCCGUCGGCGCGCGAGCUCGCCGCGGCGACCUUCGAGGGCGGCGGCGUGGAUUUGAACGGCGCGAGGAACGCGGACGGGUUCGUCGCGAAGGCGUGA